CCGCCUGACCUCCGCGACGUCGAGCAGAAGCUGGGGCGCAAAGUGCCCGAGAGCCUGGCGCGGCCCCUGCGCGGGGAGGAGCUGCCGGCCCGCCCCGCCGCCGCGGCCCCCGGCCCCCGCCGCCGCCGCGCUGCCGCCCUGGCCCGUCUGGAAACGAAACUUGAGCUCCUGAGGCAGGAGAUGGUUAAUCUCCGAGCCACGGAUGUGAAGCUCAUGCGCCAGCUCCUCAUCAUCAAUGAAAGUAUUGAAUCAAUCAAGUGGAUGAUUGAAGAGAAAGCCAUUGCCAGCAGAGGCAGCAGUUUGAGYGGCAGCCUGUGCAGCUUGCUAGAAAGUCAGGAGACAUCCCUCCAUGGCAGCUGUAACAGUUUACAAGACUGUAGUGAUGGACUGGAUGGAAUAUCAGUGGGGAGUUACUUGGACACCUUAGUGGAUGAUGUCCCUGGCCACCAAACCCCUUCGGAUAUGGACAAGUUCAGUGAUUCUUCYGUCAUGGAGGAUUCACAGUCUCUGCAUAAGCAUCCCAGAAUUGAUUCUGAUGAGUACUACUGUUUUGGUUAAAAAGAACAAGUUCCAUUGGGACACAAAUGCACUUGUAUUUACCCUUUUUCUUUGCUGCUAUCUUAUUUCAUGUGCAAAAACCCCAAAGUUCUCUUGGAAAGAGAACAUAAUAUGAUACUUCAAUUCUGUUGCAUAACUUUUCUAUUGCUUUUGAUGCAUUUUCUCCUUAAUGGGUUGGGCUUUUCUCCUCGUCCUCCUUACAUUUUCAUUUUCUUAAAUUAUUGUCGCUUUUUUUUUUUUUUAAUUUUUUACAAUGCUUUAUUUACAAGCCUGUAAAAGUGGUGAAGGAAAAGCUUUAUCUUUAAAAUGAAACAUCAGGGGAUAAGAGCAACAAUUUUGUAUUUGUUGUCAAUAAAAUAUUCUGAUAAAUAUGUGUUGUCAUAAAUUUUCUUGACUACCAGGUUUGGCCUUUCYAAAGACACUGUUCUUAUUGAGCCUUAAAUCUGAAUCUUGAAAAUACCUCUACAAAAUAAUUUUCCUUUUGUAAGCAAUGAAAUUUGAUUUUGUUAAGCUGUCUUCAGUUGAAAUAUAAAGUAUCCUAAACUUUUCUGUGUGGGAUUUCUUUCAUUUUUCAAUAUUCUCAUAUCUCUUGCCUAAUUUUGAUGUUAAAUUCUGAUUCUAAAUUUUCUUUUUAAAUUCAGCAGUCUUGCUCUGCUGUCCUUUUCUUUCCCGUUUUACAAGUUAGACCUUGUGUUACCAUUUCUUUGCCUAUCGGUGCAGUUGAGAGCUGCAGCUAAUCAGUUACUUUGAAAGCAGCCAAGAAGUAAAAYGGUAACUUUUUACUUUGGAAAGUCUCUCGCUCUGAAAGUGCCCUGAUUCAUCCUUUUGUUCAGAAGAUUAGGAGGCAGAUUUUUCUUUUAAGUGCUUCAGAAUCAUAAGAAAACCCCCAAGAUUUUAGUAAGAAAAAGUAGAAAAAAUGAACUGUAAUAAAAAGUAGAAAAAAAACCCUGAAAUUGAACUAGACACUCUAACAGAUGAUGAAUGUUAUUUCCAGCAUACAGAUAGUGAAAGAGGUGUUGAUACUUACACAUCAUCUAAAAGUGUUCUGUUUUGCCAAGUCUGACAGUAUGCCUAUUGCCAGUACAGCAUGAAAUUCCCUCACUGAAGUAAUGUUUACUAAAUAUAAGGCAGGCUUCCAUUUAAAAGCUGUUUUACACUCUGUGAAGGAUUAUGAGUACAUGCAGCAGUUGAUGUAUGUGGGUUUGGUUCAUUCUGGGAAAAAAGGCUCUGCUUAUCCAAGCCAUGUUUCCAGGGAUCCAUCUUGGCCAGUCUUGAGCAACAUCAAGUAGGAAGGUAAAAAAUCAAGCAAUUGAAAGUGUUAAUUUGUGCUUUGUGAGUGGUUCCAUUGCUUCUCAAUAUAGAAGAUGCCUGUGUCUCUCAGAAUUACAAAACAAUUUGUAUAUUUUUGCUUUGGACAUCAUGAUUUAUCCAAUAGAGUGAUAGUGAAGAAAUGUGUGGUUAUCAAAAAUAAGCCUUCUCAGUUCUACUAAGAUCAACCUGGGUAUUGCAGAUAACUUGAAGAAAAACAAGGCAUGCCCUCAAACAGCAAUGCCAUGCUGAUUUAGUUUAUCUAGGGUGUUUUUUUUUUUAAUUCCUUUCCCAGAUAAUGACUACUGAAUGUGGCUUAAGAAAAAAAAUGUUUGAAGAAAAAAUCUUGGGAAAAACUUCUCAGUGUGAAAUUAAGUAGAAUAUUGACUGGGAAUUCAAAACAGGUUUUAUUAUUUUCAGUUAUUUUAAUCUAGGGAGUAGAACUAAUUCCCUCUUAYAGAAUUAUAUCUCUCUUGUAAGUUUUUCUACCUUUAUUGCUUGGCAUAGAAUUGAAAUAUCAGGAUGUAUACUGUCUCUGAAUCUAAUGUGAAUGUGCAAUAUCUUCUGUGACUGAGAUUUUGGGCAGUAGGCCAACCUGUACAUAAAAUUUUCUCACUAUGAAGAAAAUAUUCUUAAAAUGUAUCCCCUUGCAUAGCACUGAAAUUACUUCAAGGAAAGUACAGCCUGUAGCCAUCACCUACCCRCUCACAACUGUAACAUGGGAUAAAGAAUAAUCAGUGAUAAUUUAUCACAUUAUGAUUUAAAAGUGCAAUAAAUGGGAAUCAAAGCCUACUAGUAGAAAUGGUAAAGUAAAAACUGUAUGUGAUUAAAAGCUUUUAUUCCUCAGUGUCUCUUGACUGGAAGUAGAGAAAGAGUGCAAGUGCAUAAACAAAGAUGUCAGGAGACUUCUAGAAGGUAACAAGUGUUUCCAGGUGUUUUCUGGUAUCCAAGAGCAUGAACGCCUUGGUUCUUAUUUUUGAAACAGAAAAACUUCAAAGAUUUAGGAAUGACCUGGAUUUCUUAAUUGGAAUUCACAGGUUUUCAUAAUCAAAAGAUAAUGAUUUAUUCUGACUUGCCACUUAAGAUAGACUAUGAAGUUUGAUGAUCUCCUAAAAUUAACUUAAAACUGAAUUACAACUCGACUGAAUGGAAAAUUCAAUGCUUCUUGAAAAACUAUUCCCAUUGGCUCUUUAACUUUGCUUUUAAACAGUUUACAUAUUUUUUCCAGCUUCCUCUUUACCUUGGUCUUGCAAAAUCCUUGUGUGGCUUAAAGGAAUCUGGGUGCCCUGCUUCAGCAUGGACUUCUUUGUAACUUUUUAUUUGAUUUACAGAACUGAAAAAAAAACCAAAACCCAAAAAAACAAACAAAAAAAAAAAACAACUGUACUAUAGAGCAAAGUAUCUAAAAGCAUUUUACAAAGCUGUGACUGUUUCAAAUGGAUAAAAGCAACAGGGUUUUUUUGAAAAGUGGAUAAAUAAAAAAGACCAUUAGUUUAUUCCCUGUCGUAUUCUAUCACCUUGGCUCUUUUGACAUUUAGGUUGCUUUCAGGAAUGUCAAACAAUUUCAAGACACUGUAAAAUCACAGGUGAUGAGCAACCAGUCCAUUCCUAUUUCUACGCUGUUGAAGUUUUGUCUUUGAAAGACAUUCCACUGUGCAAACUGUAAAUCAGAGACAAUGAGGGGGACUCUAAGGUAAAUUUAGUAUGCUUUCUGUUUUAGGAUGAUUGUUUCCUGCUAAUGGGUACCAGAUAGUAAGUGGAUGUGCUCUGGUUCACAAAAAAAAAAAAAAAAAAAAAAAAAAAAAAAAAAAAAAAAAAAAAAAAAAAAAAAAAAAAAAAAAUUAAAAAAAACCACAAACUAUUGAAGGAGGGGGAAAAG